GCUUGGGGCUGAGCUGCGUUUUGGGGGUUCGCAGCGCCUCAAAACAAAGCGUUCCAUCCCUUUUUGCCCCGCACUUGCCUGGCUCGGGCGGCUUUUAUUGCUCCACGGAGAUAAAGCCCCGCAGCCGCUGCUCUUUGCUAGUCCGUGCUGCCCCAACCAUGGUGAUGUUCAAGAAGGUGAAGAGCUUCACGGUGGCCUUCAGCGAGCCUGACAAGGUCUAUUGCAGCGGGGACAAGGUGGCUGGGCGUGUGCUGGUGGAGGUGGCCGAGAUGACCCGUGUCAGCUCCGUGAAGGUGUUGGCAUGCGGUGUGGCCAGGGUGACCUGGGCCAAGGGCCCGGCCCAGUGCCGGCAGGAGAUGGAGUACCUGCGCUUCGAGGACGUGCUGGCGCUUGAGGAGCAGCCCACGGAUGAGGACGGCUCUGUCAUCCUGAGACCUGGGAACAAGUAUGAGUACAAAUUCGGCUUCGAGCUGCCCCAAGGGCCGGUGGGCACCACAUUCAAAGGGAAGUAUGGCUCCGUGGAUUACUGGGUGACGGCGUCUCUGGAGCGUCCGGCCUGCCCCACACAGAAGGUCAAAAAACGUUUUGAGGUGAUGGAUCCUGUGGAUGUGAACACCCCGGAAUUGCUGUCACCGGUUGCAGCCAAGAAGGAGAAGAAAGUGUCGUGUAUGUUCAUCCCAGAUGGACGCGUGUCUGUCAGCGCCCAGAUCGACAGGAAGGGCUUCUGUGAAGGUGACGAGAUCUGUAUCAAUGCGGACUUCGAGAACACCUGCUCACGCAUCGUGGUGCCCAAGGCGGCCAUCGUGGCCAAGCACACAUACCUGGCCAAUGGCCAGACCAAGGUCUUCUCCCAGAAACUCUCUUGCGUUCGUGGCAAUCACAUCAUCUCUGGUACCUCUGAAUCCUGGCGUGGCAAAACCAUCCGCGUGCGGAAGCUCAAACCCUCUAUCCUGGGCUGCAACAUCCUGCGUGUGGAGUAUUUCCUGCAGAUCUACGUCAGCGUCCCAGGCUCCAAGAAAAUCAUCCUGGAGCUGCCGCUGGUCAUUGGGAGUCGCUCUGGCAUUGGGAGCCGCAGCUCCAGCAUGGCCAGUCAGACGAGUUCUGAGAUGAGCUGGGUGGAUCUGAACCUCCCAGAUGCUCCAGAGGCACCCCCGUGCUACUUGGACAUCGUUCCCGAGGAUCACCGGCUGGAAAGCCCCACCACUCCGCUCCUGGAUGAUCCUGAUGGGUUUGACAGUCCCAUCUUUAUGUACGCGCCCGAGUUCAAGUUCAUGCCGCCCCCCACCUACACGGAGGUGAGCACGGCGCCGGCACGGGAUGGGCCAGGUGGAUCUGGGAUCACCUGCCUGGAUCCCUCACCCGCUUCCUGCUCCGUCGCCCAGGUGGAUCCCUGUGUCGCCAACAACAACGUCCAGUGAGCAGCACGCCUGGCGGGUCGCUCCCGCGUUUCUGGACUCGGCUCCAUGUGCCACACGCCUGUAGCACGUCUGGCCCCACACACCUGGAGGGGAAGUGCUCCCGAGGAACUGCCACAUUCCCGAGGAACUGCUGCGUUCUCGAGGAACCACAGUUCCAGGGCCAUCCCGGGCACCCGAAUCUUGCGGAAAACCCCGGCACUAUGAGCUAGCAGAGAAUCCUCAAGGACUGGGGGGGGAGGCAAGGCAGAUCUGGCUGGAAAAGAGCUGGAGAACCUCGGCUGUCACGGCUGUUGGGACACACUGCCUGUCCUUGCCCUGUCAUGACAUCGUGACAGGCAGGAAAUUCUGGUUUUUACUAAUUCCAUCCUAAUUUUGUAACUCUGGGUGCUGCUCUGGCUGCCCUGCACUCCCGGCAAGGGAAGGGGACACUGACAUGAAUCCAUCCUGUCGCAACAAAACCUGGUAUCGCGACUGGCGCCUUUUGUACUCUUGGACUUUGUACGUAGAAUUUGGGGGGGGUGGUAGGAAGCACAAAAAUGCAAAUUUUGUACCUUUUUGUGGCCCCUGGGGGGCAAAAUUUGUAAUAAACAAAUGAAACGGU